AUGAAACCAAUAUCAAGCACCUCCCUUCUUAUCUCUACCCUCCUUUUCUCACUGAUAUCAGGAACAACAGCAAACCCACCAACAGCAACUCUAUACAAAUCAAAAUUCAUAGGCCGCAGCCUACCGGAGUUCAACCAAGAUCUCUUCCUAGGAAUAAAGUACGCCAACAAACCAACCCGCUUCACACCUACAGAACUGAAAACAGCGUAUGCCUCUCACGACAGUAACUCGGGAGCAUACGAUCUCACCAAGGCAGGGGCUAGCACCAGUACCAAGUCGGUAUACUACAAUGCCACGCAGUAUGGCUAUGACUGCCCAGCUUAUGGAUCCGAUACCACCACGCUGGUGAAUCAGGGUCUUGCUACGUUGAACGAGGAUUGUCAUAAUUUGAAUAUUAUUCGGCCACAAUCUAGCACGGAUGAGUUGCUCCCUGUUGUCAUUUGGAUUUUUGGGGGUGGGUGGACUCAGGGUGCUACUGCUGAUCCGAGGUAUAACAUGAGUUAUUUUGUUCAGCAGAGUGAUCUGAACGAUAAGCCUGUUUUGGGUGUUUCUAUCAACUAUCGAGUAUCAGCGUUUGGAUUCCUUGAUUCCGAGGAAGUGAGGGCCGAAGGGAAUACCAAUCUGGCAUUGCGUGAUCAGCGCAUUGCUAUGCGUUGGGUGAGGAAGAAUAUCAAAGCGUUUGGUGGUGAUCCAAAUAAGAUCACUAUCUGGGGCGAGUCUGCGGGUGCUUAUAGUGUUGGAGCUCAUCUUGUCACCAACGACGGUGAUAAUGAAGGACUUUUCAGGGCUGCAAUCAUGGACUCGGGCAAUGCAGUCGGACCCCCAUAUAAUGGAACCGAAUGGCAUCAGCCAAUGUACGACCGUAUUGUCGAAAGAGCUGGAUGCACAGAGUCUUCAAACACCCUCCAGUGCCUCCGCAAUCUCCCAUACGCAACACUAUACAGCGCUGCCUACGAAGGCCUAGAAUGGUUCGCCACAGUCGACGGCACAUUCAUCUCCCAAUACCCGCAAAUAAGCUACAAGCAAGGCAAGAUAUCCAAAGUACCUGUACUCCUCGGCACGAACACAGACGAAGGAACCAGCUUCGGCACGACAGGGACAAAUACCGAUGAGGAUUGCAUCGACCAGCUGAUAUCAUCAAAGCGCUGGGUCCUCACCCGCCCCCAAGCAACAGAACUCAUAACCCACUACCCGAACAUCUCAUCCAUCGGCUGUCCGUACGGAUGGGGAAACACAACCUGGCCCUCGCUAGGAGUAAUGUAUAAGCGGUACGCCUCAAUGGCCGGCGAUAUAACGAUGGUCGCGCCGCGGCGAUUGCUAGCGCAGACGAUGUCCGGUUUCGCCGGUAGGGUUUACUCGUACCGGUGGGAUGUUGCUGCGCAGAAUAGUUCGAGUACAAUUGGCGUGCAGCAUUUUGCUGAGAUCCCAUUCGUCUUUGCCAAUCCCGUCCAGACAAUUACGCCUCUAGGCUCUGAUCCUGCCCGGCUGGAGCUUGGGCAAAUGGCUGCAAGGAUGUGGGCUUCUUUUGUAGCUGAUUUGGAUCCUAAUGGGCAUGGUGUGGACCGUAUUCCCAGGUGGACUCGCUAUUCGAAUCGGGCUACUAAUUUUGUUUUCCGUUUACCUCGGAACGAGAGUUAUAUUGAGGAUGAUGAAUAUCGGCUGGAUGGGAUUGAUUAUAUCAAUACUAUUGCACGGUAA